UCAAUUUUGCAUGGCGGACGUGCAAGUGGGUUCUGUUAUUUGUUGGUGAUAAUUUCAAUUAUUAUUUCUUUGAGAUUCCUUAUGGAAAGGCAAAUUUUCAUGUUACUUUUUCUUUGUGGACGUGCUUUAUUCAUUCCUUAACGUUGGAUAAUGUUAAAGUGUUAGUUUUUGUUAAAAUAGUGAGAACUGCAUAGGUUUUUCUCAAAAAUGGGAAAAUGUGACGAAGCUAAUGUCGAAGUUAGUAUGGGGGACUCGGCGUCCCCCAUGAAACCAGAUAAUUUUACAUUCACCGUGCCCCCAGAAGCCCCUGUCUUCGAACCAACACCUGAAGAGUUCUUGGAUCCUCUGGCGUACAUCAGUAAAAUAAGACCAAUAGCUGAAAAGUCGGGGAUUUGUAAAAUAAAACCCCCCGCGCAUUGGCAGCCACCAUUUGCGGUUGAUGUAGACAGGCUACGGUUUACACCCAGGAUUCAACGAUUAAAUGAAUUAGAGGCUAUCACACGGGUGAAGUUAAAUUUCCUGGAUCAAAUUAUCAAAUUCUGGGAACUACAGGGCUCAGUAUUGAAGAUACCUACGGUUGAGAGGAAGCCGCUGGAUUUGUAUGCGUUACACAAAAUUGUUAAAGAGGCUGGUGGGUUUGAAGUAUGUUCGGCGGAACGGAAGUGGUCGAAAAUCGCCCGGCGCAUGGGUCACCCCCAGGGCAAGGGCAUAGGCUCAAUACUCAAGAGCCACUAUGAACGCAUCCUGUAUCCAUAUGAUGUGUUCAAGAAUAAUGGAGCGGUCGGUGACAAUAAAGAGACUAAAAUCGAAGUGAAAACGGAACAAACGCCGGAGAAGGUAAAUGCCCGCAGCCGUUCAGCGAGCAAGGGUCCAGCGGCGACUCCGCCCCCGGGCCGCCGCUAUAAGAGCUCGGAGCCCGAGCCGGCGGAGGGUAGCCAUACGGAGGGCGCUCUGCCCGGCGCUGAUGAUAAGAAGACGCCAAUCAAGGAGGAACCCAUUGAGACUAGGCGGAGCCCGCGCGAGAACAAGUGGAUGUCGAGCGCGGCGAGCUGCGGCGCGCGCGCGCGCGUGCUGCGCUCCACGCGCCUGCGCGAGCACCGGCUGAGCAACAUGACCGUGUCGGUGACGCCGGCGCCGCCGUGCGCCACGCCGCGCCCGGAUGAUCCGCUGGCCAAGUACAUGUGCCACAUAUGCGGGCGCGGCGAUAUCGAGGAGCAGAUGCUGCUGUGCGACGGCUGCGACGACUCUUACCACACGUUCUGCCUGGUGCCGCCGCUCGCCGACGUGCCCAAGGGUGACUGGCGCUGUCCCGUCUGCUUGGCUGAGGAGGUAUCAAAGCCAACCGAAGCGUUCGGUUUCGAGCAGGCGUCGCGGGAGUACACGCUACAGCAGUUUGGCGAAAUGGCUGAUCAGUUCAAAUCGGAUUAUUUCAAUAUGCCUGUGCAUAUGGUCCCAACCUCAACCGUCGAGAGAGAGUUCUGGCGGGUGGUGUCUUCAAUUGACGAAGACGUGACGGUGGAAUAUGGUGCUGAUCUGCAUUCUAUGGACCAUGGAUCAGGUUUCCCAACAAAGUCAAGCGCACACUUAUACCCUGGUGAGCAGCAAUACGCUGAGUCCAGUUGGAAUUUAAACAACCUGCCAGUUCUGGAAGGUUCUGUACUUGGUCACAUCAAUGCCGACAUCUCUGGCAUGAAGGUCCCAUGGCUAUACGUCGGUAUGUGCUUCGCCACGUUCUGCUGGCACAAUGAGGAUCACUGGAGUUAUUCAAUCAAUUACCUGCAUUGGGGUGAACCGAAAACAUGGUAUGGAGUGCCCAGCUCCAAGGCAGAGCAGUUCGAAGCGGCGAUGAAAGCGGAGGCCCCGGAGCUGUUCCAGCUCCAACCAGACCUGCUCCAUCAGCUCGUGACCAUCAUGAACCCCAAUGUGCUGAUGAAGGCUGGAGUGCCGGUCUACAGAACGGAUCAACAUGCCGGCGAGUUUGUGAUAACGUUCCCGCGAGCGUAUCACGCCGGUUUCAAUCAAGGAUACAAUUUCGCUGAGGCUGUAAACUUCACACCAGCCGACUGGCUAAAAAUGGGGCGCGAGUGUAUAGCCCACUACUCGACGCUGCGGCGCUACUGCGUGUUCUCGCACGACGAGCUCGUGUGCAAGAUGGCGCUCGAGGCGGACUCGCUCAGCCUCACCGUCGCGCUCGCCGCCUACAGGGACAUGCGCACCAUGCUGCACGACGAGCGCAAGCUCCGGAAGGCGCUGCUGGACUGGGGUGUGACGGAAGCGGAGCGCGAGGCGUUCGAGCUGCUGCCGGACGACGAGCGGCAGUGCCACCUGUGCAAGACCACGUGCUUCCUGUCGUGCGUCACGUGCCCGUGCACGCAGCUCGUCGCGUGCCUGCGCCACUUCCACCAGCUGUGCGCGUGCGCACCGGCCGCUCAUAAACUUAGGUACCGCUACACGCUGGACGAGCUGCCGGCGAUGCUCGACAAGCUGAAGCGCAAGUCGGAGCAGUUCCGCGAGUGGGCGGAGGCCGUGCAGAACGCGCUCGACCCGGACACGCCCAAGACGUGCGACCUCGACGGCCUGCGCGCGCACCUCAAGCGGGCGCACGACCUCAAGAUGCAUAAAACGGAACUCGUUCGAGCGCUGGAAACGGCCAUAGAAGACGCAGAGAAGUGCGCCUCAGUCAUCCAGCAGCUGGACCUGAACAAGAUGCGCACGCGCACGCGCCACCACGACCCCAAGUACAAGCUCACCAUACAUGAGCUGACUCUCUUUGCCGCUGAAAUCGACGGCCUAGCCUGUGUUCUACCUGAAGGGUCAGCUGUGAAAGAAGUAUUGCGACAAACGGCCGAGUUCGAAGAUCGAGCUACGGAACUACUGAACGGUGAUUUGGAGGAGUGCGAUUCGUCAUCAGUCAGGGAGUUGGAAGAGGUGGUAGAACUGGGCUCCCGGCUGUGCAUAGUACUCCCACAGUUACCAGCCCUGCAAGCGAGACUCCAACAGGAGAAAUUUAUCGUAUCGGCGCGGGAGCAUCGCGACGAUUGCGCAUCACUAACACCGGAGAUUAUCGAUAAGCUGCUGCAGGAGGCGGCUAGUGUUGUUCCGCAUCGACGCGUCGAGGUGGAACGGGCUACGCUGUAUAAGCUUAAAUUGCAAGUCGAAGACUGGGAACGUCGCGCCAAAGCGGUGCUAAUAGAUACCAACCCACCCAAAGGCAGGGAAUCUAUCGAUGAAUUCGACAAGACGCACACAACACUAGCCGAGCUGGAUGCUUUGUUGGCGGAAGGUGAUGAUAUAGAAGCGGCGUUACCAUCGCAACACGCUUUGCGGACAGCCGCCACGCAUGCUAAGGAUUGGUUGGCAAAGGUGGAAGAGAUGCAAUCAAAGGAGCUGUACCCGUACAUGCACAGCGUGGAGGCGCUGGUGAAGCGCGGCAUGCAGAUACCGAUAUCGUUGUACGAGAAGGAUCAACUGGCAGCCGCGUUGCAGUCUGCCAAGGAGUGGAAACGGGGCGCCGCUGAGAUGUUUAUGAAAAAGAACUGGCCGUUCACGCUACUCGAGGCGCUGUCUCCCCGCACGGAGGGCGCGGAGGGCGGCGCGGGCGCGGGCGCGGGCGCGGGCGCGGGCCGCAAGCGCGGGCGCGACGCGUCCGAGGAGCCGCCGCUGCUGAAGCACUUCAGCGAGGACGCCACGCCCACCGAGAUCGUUGCCGCCUUCAAGCAGGCGGAGCUACGGGAGCUCGCCGCUAUCAAGGAGCUCAGAGCUAAAAACAUGCGCAAGGACGUACGCUCACCGCCAACGGCCGGCGUCACGUUCUGCUCGUGCCAGAAGCGGCAGUACGGGCUCAUGACGCAGUGUGAACUGUGCAAGGACUGGUUUCACGCGUCGUGCAUAUCGGGCGCGCGUGACGAGCGUUCGGAGCGCGACGAGUCGCCGGAGCGCGUGGAGCUGCCGUUCCCGUGCGCCGACGCCAAGUUCCUGUGCGCCGACUGCGCGCGCACCAAGCGCCCGCGCCUGCACCGCAUCCUGGCGCUGCUGGUAUGGCUGCAAAAACUACCAGUGCGGCUCGCGGAGGGCGAAGCCCUACAGUGCGUGACGGAGCGCGCGAUGGCCUGGCAGGACGCGGCGCGCGCCGUGCUGGCAAGCCCGCAGCUCGCCGCAUACAGGACCGACAGGCGAGAUGGGACUGCGCCCAGAUCAUCAGCGAGCGUAGAGCACGCGUACAGCGCGUCGCCGCGCUCGCCGAGCAAUCGAACUACGCCUAGCAUUCUGCAGAAAUUAGAGGACAUCAUGCUAGAGGGUGAUUUACUAGAGGUGCGGCUGGAGGAGCAGGCGCAGAUCUGGAGCGCGGUGGCGGCGGUGCGCAGCGCGGAGGGGCGGCGCGGCGGCCGCGUGCUGGAGGCGGGGCGCCGCAAGCGGCCGCACCAGCCGCGCCACCACCACCAGCUCAAGCGGAGCCGCCCACACGGCGCAACGACGACGAAGACGAGCAUAAAGCGCGGCUCGUCCACGACGACCAACUACCUGAACAGGAAGCAGGCGCUGUCGGCCGCGUCGGGGCUGAUGAUGCGCAAGCACUACAUGGCCCGGCAGGAGAGGCGGAAGCGCGGCAAGCAUCCGCGGCACACGAGAUUAGGUCAAGCGCGCGGUGGGUCGAGCGCGGGCAACAGCCGGGGGCGGGCGGAGGCGGCGUCGCGGCGCAGCAGCACGUCGUCACCCUCGUCGGCUGAUGAUGAGGAGGAUUGCGCGGCCGCCGACUGCCUCAGGCCCACUGGUAAAGUAGAUUGGGUGCAGUGCGACGGCGGAUGCGACCAAUGGUUCCACAUGCACUGCGUGGGGCUAAGCAGGGGCGCCCUGCGGGAGGACGACGACUACGUGUGCGGCUCGUGCGCGCAGCGCGGCGACCGCGCCGAACGGCAGCCGGAGCGGCACUGAGCGCGCAGCACGCGACACCACAACGUGUGACGUUCUUGAGUCGUACAGCGCAUGCGCGGUGACGUCACACCGCCACCUCCAUAUUCGAAAAUGUUCCAGAGCAUUCGGUGCGACGCGCGCAUAAUACGUCCUGAUCUUGAUCUCAGUGAGCGGCACUGAAUGUCCACGUGACUUCAUGUAUUUUGAGAGUUGCGCAUGCGCAGAUACGCAAAUUACUAUAAUAUGAGUAUGAUAUUUCACAAAUAUUGACAAUCAUCUGGAUAGUAAACAAUCCGGAUACAAUCAAUUUGAGGUUUAUUACUAAGACAUAUAUCUCUACUUAAUUAAAAUAUAUCGGGAACCCACAUUAAUGUUUCAUAAAACAAUACAGAUAUCCGAAAUCCGAGUAUUUUUAAUACUGAACUUGUAAGAAAAUUUCGCUGAUAAGCAAUCGAUCAAAGACCAAUAAAUUUUCUACUGGAAUUUUCUAGAAUAUUCAUUGAUAAAUUUUUAACUACGUUAAAAAUAUUGUGUCUAACAACACCAUACCACACACGGCCUAGAUUCUCAUCUUUAUAGAAAAAUGUACAAUUUCUUGUGCAAACCUUUGCUUUCGAAAUCUUAAAAAUACGCCCUUUUGUAGGGCUGAGUUAAUAUGCUAAUGAAUUUAAGACAUACAUCUGAAUAAAAUAUGAAACCGAUUAUCGAUAUUAUGCAUCGUAAUAUUAUAUUGUGACAAAUUGUGAGUUCAAUGUAUUACAUUUAUUCAAAGUUUAAAUAGAGACAUACACCUAUUUUUCUAAUCGCAUUUUCAAUAAAUCUAUCACUUUCUUUCGCUUACAAAAUCCCUUAAAAAGAGCGAGAUACACGACCUACUGUUGGAGGUGUGGUUUACAAGCUGAAGUCUUUUAUCUCGCUCUAGUGUAGGGAAGUUUUGGGCGAGUGAAAGGGAUAGCAUUAUAUGCGAUGUCCGAAUAGCUCGGCUGUCUGUUCUCACGGCAGAAAACAGGAAUAUGCGUAAGGACUUAACACUGUGAUUAUUAAUUCUAACGAACACAUGAACGCAUCACAUUUUUAUUGUAAAUUUAUUUUUUUGUGUGUUCGAUAGAGUUCACCCAGCAUGUGUAAAGAUAAUAAUAUAAAUGUAUUUUUUAAAUAUAUUUUUAAUUUAAGUAUGCGUUAGUGUUGAUCAUGAACAAAUAAACGAAUUGAUUCUGCAUUGUUUUUUUUAAAACGAUUCGCUGUCGUUGAUUUGCGAUGUAGCAUUCGCCUGAAUGUGAGCACAAAUUUUUUGGUCGUUUAUUAGUUUUAUAUCAAGUGAGUAUUGUUUAAUGCUUAUGUUACUUAGUCGUUUCGAGCGCGGCAUACGGUUUUCAAUGAGUUUUUAACGUUUAUGUAUUUCAUCAAAAACAUGUAUCAAACAUUAAUCGUCUAGUAUUUAUUGGUUAUUCACGAGUCUAGGACGAGAGUCCGGAGAUUUUACAUUAAUCAGCUUUGCUCUGUUGUCUACGGAAAAGAGUAAUUUCGAUUUUUAUUCGUAAUCUGUUAUAUUUUUUUUCGUACCGUUUCGUGCCCGGAGAGAUAUAUCUAGAAUAUAUAUGUAACAACGAAUUAAUAACCCGCAGUCAUCAAUUUAACUCACGUUUUAAGAAAGUAUUUAUCACUGUGAAAAUAUAUCACUCUGUCACAGCCAAUCCACAUUUUUAUCGUUAUUUACUUCUAAUGAAUUCACAUUUUUUUAUACUUAAUAUAUCAUCAAUUUCGUUGAAAUACCCACUUUGCAACGCCUAAAUGUUCAAAUAUUGUAUAAACGCAGUAGUCCAUUAAGAAUGGAAUUGUAUUACCAUAUCCCACUCGCACUUAUUUUGGUUUCACAUAUGAGUGAGUGAGAAUGCUACGCUUUAACGAGCGAGAUAGCACGAUUUUAAUUCAUUAUUCUAUUGUCUAUUCGUUCCGUGUCAUUUGAAAAUACAGAUUUUUUUCAACAUUAAACAGGGAUAUAAUGAAAUUAUUUAUAUUUUCGCGACCAAAUUUUUCCUUAUUUUUUAAACGCAUGCAUAUUUGAUGUCUGUAGAAUAAUUUUACAGAAAUGAUCAUAAAAUAGACAUUUUUUGAUAGUUAAUAAAAUAAUCAAUUAAAUUAAUCAACUUUUAUCUAUAUUGGUGUUUAGUCGUUAAAGCUUUUAUUCGUUACAUUGAUGUUAGUAGCCGUGUCCCAUAGAGAGAUUCAAUAGACAACACUUUGAUCUCUAUGCUCUAUGAAAUCCACUCGUAUUGUCUCAAAAAUAAGUAACGUUUUUUAAAUUUUGUGUCGUACUAAGGGUGGGUUUGGAACAGUGGGAAUUUUCUAAUUGGGUAUUUUUUACGCAAAUGCGAAUCAAUUUAUAAUAAAAAAAAUAUUGCGUAUACGUACAGUCUGAACUCACCCUUAAAUAGUCGUUUUUGAGAUGAAAAACGUUAUAAGCGUUUUCAAAUAUUGCGCGGAAAAAUGAACUUUAUUGUCAAGUAAUAAAGUUCGGUAUUGGCUUUAGCGGACGUGAUUUUACUGAUAAAAUUGUACAAAUUCGUCCAAACGUUUAGGAUUAAAGACAUUGGACUUGAGGUGGUCGUCGGAGCCAAAUUAUUGAAAGUGUUCAAAAUUUUGUAAAAAAAAACAAAUAAAUAAUAAUCAAUUGAAAACGCUUCUAGUGAAACCUUCGUGAAGUUAAUGAAAAUUGUAAAUAUUUUUCAAACGUUAGAUGCAAAUUUUUUAUGUGUAUUUUAGAAUUGGACUUGUGAAUUUGAGUGUGUGAUCAUUGUCCAUCUUCAUGGUGAAUAAUCAUCGGUAAUAAGUGGACAAUUAUUGUUAUUUUUUUUUAUCGAGUGUACGCCGAGACUUUGUCAUAUUGUUGAACAUGUAUAAAAACGAUGAAAUUGUCUGUUCUUGAAGUCGUCAUACGUCGUGAUGAAAUGUAUUAUUUGUAAGGCUUUUUAGAUUUAUUUUACUUAAAUGCUUCAUAUGAAAUAAGCUGUGACUUUAAAUUAUUUUACUAGCCCGUUAGUUGAUGUUUUGGACUGUGACUAGAUUACCUUACACAAUUUAGGUUUCGGUUGUUUUUAAAUAUACGCCUUGUUGUCGUGCUUCGUGGAAUCGUGGGGAAUUUGUUUCUCCUUUGUUUUACGAACGUGUGAGAGGACAAAGUUUGAUGCAAUUUCAAAAUGUGGCAUAUCAUAAAGGGGGUCAGGGCGGCUGUCGAUGUUAUUGGUCUAAAACUGUAAAGGAUAUUGUGAUCAAACUGGGCCUUAUUAUACUUCGUAACGAUAAUGCUUUUCUCAAAAAGCAUAGCGUAAAGUUGCGUUGUUUUCAUUCUGAUAUUAUUAUUGACUGACUGUGGAUGAUCGUGCAAAAUGCAUGUAUAUAAGUAUUUCUUUAAAUACGCGUUUAUUUUAUGUCCGUAUCGCAUCGCAGAGAUGUAUCUAUAUUCAUUUCACAAAUUGUCUAGACGGAUUUAUAUUAUGAAAAUAAUUUGUAUACUUUGUACACUUGUAGUUUUGUUCCUAAUUAUUUAUAUGUAUCUAUAAAUAUCAAGCGAAUGUGAACUUUAUGCUAUGCACGUUAUUAACAAAUUGUAAAACUUUCUGAUCUGAUGUUAAACGUUAUAUUAGGGUGCGAAUGGCGUUGUACAGAACUACAGAAGUUAAGUGUCGAGUGUGCAACUAUACGGUGAGGGGCGUGUAUCAUAUGUCUAUAAGUGAUUUAGUAAAUGGUAAGAUGUUAGAAAUGAUUAUAAUUGGCCCAUUUCACUGAGUAUGGUUGGAUACUUCGACGGUUAUUGUGUACCAAAUAAUAUAGAAAAUUAUUAAAUA